UUAGGUAGGCGUUCAAAAAUAAUUUGACAUUUGUAAGUUUUCGGUAUGAGACCCGAGCAGUAUGAAGUUGAACAACAGUGGGUAGAAUAGAUUUCUUUUUUGUUCUAAUUUUUGAAAGUAAUUUGUAACUUAAUACCAAUCAUAAAAAAAAAAUCAUUUUCUUAAUGUAAUCGUGAGGUUACGCUUGGUAUAGAUAAAAUAAACAUCAAGGCAUGACCACAAAUUACGACAUUAAAUUUAAUUGUCAAACAAAACAGUCAUUUUUACUGUCAAGUGUCAACGUCAGCUGUCUCAUUAUGUCCACUGCCGCCGGGCACCGGUGCGGUGACCUAAUCCUAAAAUAGAAAUAAUAAACGGAAUCUGUCAAGCUCUUUUUACAUGUACGAGACACCUAUUAUCGACUAAUAAGUGUUCUAUAACUGCUGCCAUCAUGGGCGGCAAAAGCAAGUUUCAAGAUUAUCAACAUGAAUUUUCGAAGAUGCUAACGUGGUCUUACUUAAAGGGAUUAGUUGUGAACCCUGCACAAUUACCUUUUGCCGCGCUACUUUUGAUCAUCACUGAACUGGUUAUAAAUGUACUAGUUGUGGAACGCGUGCCGUACACUGAAAUCGACUGGAAAGCAUACAUGCAAGAAUGUGAAGGAUUUCUGAAUGGAACCCUCGACUACAGCCAGCUGCGCGGGGACACCGGACCUCUGGUGUACCCAGCAGGAUUCGUAUACAUUUAUUCACUGUUCUAUUAUCUUACAGGCCAAGGCGAAAACAUCAGGCUAGCACAGUAUAUAUUUAUUGGUAUUUAUUUACUACAGCUGUGCCUCGUUCUUCGGAUUUAUAUUAAAACCAAAAAGGUUCCACCUUAUGUUUUAGUUAUAACUAUAUUAACAUCAUACAGAAUACAUUCAAUCUAUGUGUUGAGGUUAUUUAAUGACCCCAUUGCUGUCUUAUUUCUUUAUGCUGCUCUUAAUUUCUUCAUGGAUUCUAAAUGGUACUUGGGCAGCAUAUUUUAUAGUUUGGGUGUAUCUGUAAAGAUGAACAUACUUUUAUACGCACCUGCAUUAUUUUUCUUUUACCUUACUAAUUUAGGCUUUAAGGGUACUAUUAUACAACUAUUUAUAUGUGGUGCAAUUCAAUUAGUAUUAGGUUUGCCAUUUUUAAUCAGCAGCCCUGUGGCAUAUUUAAAAGGCAGUUUUGACAUAGGUCGUGUUUUUAACCACACUUGGACUGUUAAUUACCGAUUUUUAGAUGUAGAUGUGUUUGAAAAUAAAUGUUUUCACUUGUCACUGUUGGCUAUACACAUUUUGUUGUUAAUUAUUUUUAUUCCAAUGUGUGUUAAAUAUUUUAAUAGUUACUGUCGACUAAAAUUUGUACAGAAACAAGUUCAACCACAAAUUGAUGCUAAAAACAUAGAAAAUAAGAGGAAAAGCAAGAUAAAGAAAGAUUUAAAGAAAAAGUUGAACAAAAAAAACGAAGAACAAGAAAACCUUAGCAAAGAACAAAAAGAUUUCCUUAACUCCUUUGAAGUAAUGUUACAAAAGUCCUCUCAGAAAGGUAAUAAGGUAGCUAAGAAGCCCGUUGAGGUGGUUGAGGAGGAUCCACAUUACAGCAUUAAUUUCGACAUUUUAUCUCAGUUAUUUAUUUUGCCUAUGUUCAUUGUAAACUUCAUCGGUGUGAUGUGUGCUAGGAGCUUACACUAUCAAUUCUAUUCAUGGUAUUUCCAUAGCUUGCCUUACUUGUUGUGGUCCAAUAACUUUUCUGUUAUAGUCCGGUUUCUGCUUCUUGCAUUGAUUGAAAUGUGUUGGAAUACUUACCCUAGCACUGACCUAACAAGUGCAUUGUUACAUGUCUGUCAUAUCAUAGUACUUUAUGGUAUUUACAGAAAAAUAUCUGUUGAACUAAACAUGGCUUCAAAAUUAGAAUAAACUUUAGUAAUAAUGACCUACCAACAUACAUAAUAUAGAAAAAGUCUAAGGUGCAAAGAAAUGCUGCUAUUAUUACUGAUUUACACAUUUAAAAUGUUUGUGUCAAGCAAGCCAAUUUUUGUUUCAUUAUGAAUCCAUAAAUUACAUUUAUAA